GAUAGAUAGAUAAAUAGAUAGAUAGAUAGAUAGAUAGAGAGAGAGAGAGAGAAAGAAAGAGAGAUAGAUAGAUAGAUAGAUAGAUAUCGUGGUAGGACGUGAGGAAAGAACGACGAAGUUUAGGGUUGUCGCGAGUGCGCGUGGGUGGGCGAGGCGUGUGCACACGGUGCGAGAGAAGAGGAGAGUGUCGCUAACAAGUAAGAUUCUUUACGAGAAGUUGUUGAAGGACGGUGGAGACGAGACGAGACGGCAACGGCAACGGCAACGGCAAUAACGACGACUGCGACAACCAUCAUGAGCGACGACAGGAGCGAGGACGAUCCUAUAAUGGAUCUUUGGUAUAGUAAUUGGGAACAACAGUGCGUCGAGGCUCUCGAAGCUGAACCGGAAUAUGAAAAUCAACUGCACAACGUCAAAGAGAUCUAUUCGCAGCAGAUGUGGACGAGCUUCCAGACGACGGCGUCGGCCAUCGCCCAACUCUAUAAAGGCGAGCUUUUGCAUACCGAGAUACUAAAUCGUACUCAGGGUGUCUCACUGUGGCUACCCUUCCAGACAGCUGCGGGUACCGUCACGUCAUUGUACAAAGAUUCGGUCGAUAGUAUGCGACGGUGCAGUGAACUAGGAAUAGAAACAGGAAAACAAAAACGUAGCAAAGAAAUAAUGAACUGGGCUAGGAAAAAGAGGCGCAUGAUCCGUAGAGAAGAUCUUUUAGCGUAUCUUGCUGGUAAACCACCUCCACCAAGACCACACUCGCACAGAAGUUCUCCAAAGCCAAGGAUGAUGGUAUGCGGUUCUUCUCCUUCGCAAAGUCCCACGCAAAGUAUGGUAGUCUCACAGACUUCGACGCCUGGAAUAGAUUUGGAUCCUGAAUUACACACAUUUAGAGAAGCGAUUGCAUUAUCUGGCUCAUCAGUGUCUAGACGUACCGGAAGGCAAGCAGAAUUAUCCGCUUUUAUAAGCAACGAGUUUGCUCGGCAUCACAAACGGCCUGCUUCGCAUGACGUGGAUAUGGGAUCUCCUACGCACAAACGUUCGCGUUUCAUGUAACGGCGCGCGACGUGUAAAGUAGCCUCACUCCCUUGUUCCCUAUUAAUUAAUCAAUUGAUCAAUUAAUUACUAAUGGUUCAGCUCCCCUACGUGGUUCUCCCAUUUAGGAGUAAUCGUUUCGAUACGACGGCAGUGGUUUACAUUGUCGCGCGAGUACGUUCGUCCGUAUCUCGGUAAUCUUCCAAUAAAGUCACGACUCUUCUCCGACUCCAAGAUAAUUCUGCAUUUUUGGAGUUUUAUACGCGACAUAGGAAGAUAUUGAAAAUUGUGCCGUACCAAAAAGUGAUAUUUAUAUUUAGUUAAGAUCUUGUUUUUUUUUUUGGGUCUUAUGUUCGUAUCGACUAUAAAAAGAAAAGAAAAAAAAAAAAGAAAAAAAAAAAAAAGAGGUAAAAGGAAAGAUCUCGUGUCCUGUCAUGUCGCGUCGCGUCGGUCGUAUCGUCGUCACGUCUCAUCACAUCUUGUUAUUUGUUUUUGUUUGUAAAUUAUUGUUUUGCGAGUAUAUACGUAAAUAUUUACCGACGAUCACUAACGAACGUACGGCGAUACUAUUCAAAGUGCCCAUGCAGAGAAAAGAUCACGUUACGUUUACGUACGAUAAGUUUAUAUACGAAACUAUAUAGUUUUAUGAAGUCGAUGAAAAUAUUGUGCACUUUGUCAAAAGUUUUGAAGAAAUGUAGAGAGGAAAGAAAAAGAAUAUUGCUGUAAUGUAUUGUACACAUGGAACUGUGUAUACGAGAAUAUUUAGCAACCAUUAUGGACAUCGUAAAAAAUUUUUCAAACAUUAUAAUUCCGACUUGUUGGACAAGUUUGGAUGAAAUCUUUCGUAUUACGACGAUCGAUAUUUUGUAGUUAUUUUACUGCCCAACGUCGUAAUCGCGAGAAGAAGGGGGACAAGGAGUAUAUGUGAUUGUAAAAUAUUAUUUCAUAACCCAAAGGAUCGUUAGCUCUGCUGAUCGUAAUAUUGUUAUAAUUAUUAUGCGGUUAUAGAUGAAUUGAAAUUUGGACUCUUUUUAUCUCAAUAAAAAUAUUAUUUUAUACAGUUUUGUUGGCGAUAGAUAGAAAUCAAAGUAAAGAAUGAGAGAAAGGUUAUAAAGAAUAAAGGUUGUCAAUUGAGAAGAAAAAACUGGGAAAGUCAAGAGAAGAAAAAAGGGAAAAGGAAGAUAAAAAUAUAUUGAUGAUGUUCGGAAUUGUCGAUAUAAUAUUAGUAUUUGGGAUAAUCGUCAAGUCAACGUCAAAAAGAGUAACCAUAUAUAUUGUUGAGUGUACCUUCCGUACGUGCGAAGCGAGUUCGAAGCUAUUUUUUGGGUAGUACGUACAUUAUACUCACUGUUUUUAAACUCGUUUCUUCUCCAGAUGCGUAAUUCUUUUAACAUUUAUCAAUGGCAAACUCUCUCGCAUUGUUAUGUACGAUACGUUGGAAAGAACAGAGACAAACAGACAAUCGUUGUCGUUCGUUCAUUAUAUAUAUAUUCGAUGUUUUUUUUUGGAUCCAUAAAAAUCAUAAAAACAAAAGCAACGAUUUGCCCAAAAAUUCACAAUGUUUUGAGAUCUAUGUUCUAUUUUUUCCAUGCGUAUUGGGUGCUCGUAAUCGUAUUUUCACUGUGUACCGAGAUAUUUCAUCGUUGUGGGGAAUAGUGGUGAUCUUGUAAUUGAAAUUGAUUAGAAAUAAGAAUAAGCUGCCAUCAAAGAGAUAGAAAGAAAGAAAAAAGAAAAAAAAAAAAAAACAACAAAAAACCGAGGUCGGUUUAAAGCCACUAUGUGUAAAACGAAGAACGCUUUAAAAGCUCUUUCCUUUUGAUCCGUCGUCGAUCGUGUCAGACUCCCGUCAAACGUUGAUUCUAUACGAUCGAAACGACAGAACAGAAUAGUUGAUUUAUUUUUGUUGGUAUGUAACAUAGGCUAGAAAUAGAAGAUGGAAUUCGCGCGUCAAGGUCUUCGUCAAAGUAUCACGAUAGGAUUUAACAUUUCUCUAAACGUUUUAUCUUUCCAAUAUUUCGGAGCAUUAUAACUAACCAAUUUGUCUCCCUCAUUCAACGAACGAGUUCUUCGCAAUCUCUUCGGCGUAGACCUUGUCUCGACGAACCUGAGACAUUCUGGUGCAAUUAUGUAUAGGUAAAAAAACAUGGUUGAGACUGUUGUCCACGUUUGCGACGAUAUUGCGAUGAAAGACUUAUGUAUACGGAGUGUCCGCGUUCACACCGUUUGUAAGUUAAUUGUAAAUGUAAAUUAUUUUUAGGUACUACCAUGCCACAUAAACACACACAUACACAUACGUACAAUAGCUUCUAUGUGAAUUUUGUGAAGGCGCAAACAAGCCCGUAAGAGAGAGAAAACGAGAUCGUAAGAUCUCGUGAGACUUCUCAGUUUAUUCGGUCUUCGAAAAUUCACGUAGAAGCUCUCUCUCUCCUCUCUUUCUCUCUCACAUACUUUCGUUUUCGUUAUUUUGUCUUCACCUGAAGAGAGAAGCAUCGUUUUGGGUACCGUUUCGAAUUCGUUUGUAAAUAUAGCGUAUACUAAUAAUGAUAACGAUAAACGAUAGCCUUAGGGAUAUUGCUAAUAUUAUUAUCACUAUUAAUAUUAACUAUUAUAUGCGAUAGCUUUAAUAUUAAUAUUUAUCAUGCGACCGACAGUUAAUAAAAUACCAAGGACAUUA